AUGAUGAAGGCGACGCAGGAGUGUGUUUCUGCAGUAACAACGGUCAUUUGGAACAUCGAUACGUGUCCCGUUCCCCCUGGCUUUGAUGCACGUCGGGUCGGUCCGUGUAUGAAACGGUAUUUGGAGAAAUUAGGCUACACUGGUACUCUCACCAUCAAUGCAACUGGCCUACUAACAGACGUCCUUGAUGAAGUCCUGCGAGGGGUUUCUUCCACUGGAGUCGUUAUUAAUGCCGACCCCUUCGUGGCUCAAGCCAUACAUGACCUGGAAGAGCUAACAAUAACAGCAACGGAGGCAACAGACGAGCCACAGCAGCACAUGGACAAGCUGAUGCUACAAAACUGGGUCUUACAGAUAUUCUUAACAAAAAAAACAUGUAUCUGA